GAUUAACAUCGAUGAGUCGCACAUCGACUGCAUGUCCUGAUGUUUUCACUGGGUGAAGUAAAGGCGAAGUUUGUACUGAGAAUCUCGCUCGUGGUGCAAGUAUGUUACCAGAUAAAGACGGACCCAGUAUCGGAGGUGGCACGCAGGGCACUGAGGGGAAAGAACACCCUUCUGUCACCCUCUUCAGAGAAUACCUGCGAUUGAAGACAGUUCACCCAGCUCCCGACUAUGAUGCUGCACUGGGCUUCCUUGAUCGUAUCGCCAAAGAGCUCGACCUUCCCAUCAAAAAAAUCGAGGUGUGUCCUGAUAGAGUGGUCACCAUCAUGACCUGGGUGGGAACCAAUCCUGCCCUCAAGUCGAUCCUACUCAACUCUCACACCGACGUCGUCCCUGUUUAUCAGGAACACUGGAAAUAUGAUGCAUUUGCAGCCGUGAAGGACUCUGAGGGUAACAUCUACGCCAGGGGCACACAGGAUAUGAAAUCUGUUACCAUACAGUAUAUCGAAGCCAUCCGCAGACUGAAAGCUGCAGGGAAGAAGUUUGCUCGCACCAUUCAUUUGAUGUUCGUACCCGAUGAGGAAGUUGGCGGUCACAAAGGAAUGGAGACGUUUGUGAAGCAUCCUGAAUUUCAGCAGCUGAAUAUCGGCUUUGCACUUGAUGAAGGCCUGGCCAACCCGGGAGAGCCCUUCACUGUCUUUUAUGGAGAAAGGAGCCCCUGGUGGAUCACCAUUAACUGCCCAGGCAGUCCUGGCCAUGGCUCCAGGUUUGUGGAGAACACGGCUGCAGAGAAGCUGCGCAAGAUCAUUAACUCCUUCUUGGACUUCAGAGAGCAUGAGAAGCAUAGAUUGGACACCAGCGAGUGCUUCACAUUGGGUGACGUCACCACAGUGAACAUGACGAUGGUGAAUGGGGGCGUGGCAUAUAAUGUCAUCCCCGCUGAGAUGGACGUCAGUUUCGACAUGAGGAUCCCGCCCACUGUCAACCUGCAGGAGUUUGAGGAGCAGAUUAAGAAGUGGUGUCGUGAGGCUGGUGAGGGCAUCACCUAUAAGUUUGCUCAGAAACACAUGGACCAGAACACAACAUCAACUGAGGACAGUGACCCAUGGUGGAAAACUUUCAGUUCCACUUGCAAAAGCAUGAACAUGACUUUGACGAAGGAGAUCUUCCCCGCUGCCACGGACAGCCGUUUCAUCCGAGCAGUGGGUCUACCCGCCAUAGGCUUCUCUCCGAUGAACCGCACACCCAUCUUGCUGCACGACCACAACGAGUUCCUGAACGAGCAGGUGUUCCUGAAGGGCAUCCAGGUGUACGAGAUGCUGGUGCCCGCCCUGGCCAGCGUGCUCGCUUUACCCACGGAUAAAUUACAAAUGUGAUUAAAUACCUGAUAAAAAGCCGCGUUUGUGAUUGAGCAGAUCUAUAAAUUGAUACGCUUUCAUCAUUAUAAUGUAAACCGGUAUUCCAGAGACCAGUGGCACUGCACAGUACUGCUAAAUCACAAACAGCUAAACACCCUACUCUCUCUAUCUCUCUCGAUCUCUCUCUAUCUCUCUCUCUCUCUCUCUCUCUCUCUCUCUCUAUCUCUCUCGAUCUCUCUCUAUCUCUCUCUCUCUCUCUCUCUCUCCAUGCUCCAUGCCUCUCACCAUGCUGCUCAAUCACAAAUGUGGCUCCUCCUAACCCUACUGAAUCUUCUUUCUCUCUCUCUCUCUCUCUCUCUCUCUCUGCCUCUUACCAUCACAACCCUAACUAACCCCCUUGUUUCUCUUAACUAGUCUCAACGGUUGGUAGCAUCCUCAUAAGUUUGGUUAGCUGGCAUAUCGUUACUGUCAUCAUCUGAUAUCUGAAGGCUACAGUCAGGACCGGAUAAUGCACAGGCUAGAUAUGAUACCUGCAAAAAACUGCAGAAUUGUGACAAGAUGCAAUAUUGAAAAAUGUACCUUUUUUCAGUACAGUUGGUAGACAUGUUAUCCUCUAACCCUAGCUCAUAAUUAUGACACUGUCUAUGUAAAUUUGUGGCGAAAUUUGCCUUCUGGGGCCCCGACAGCAACCUGUUAAGAUGGCCCCAGGCCAUCUUAAUCCGGCCCUGGCUACAGUCUCACUGUAUUGUAACUGUCGUCCUGUGAGAUGGCCUGCCAUGACACCUGCUGGACAUCGUGGUUGAUUGUCGUCUUUUACCCCGUCUCCUCUUGCCCUUCUGCUCCACCCCUUUUUUGGUUCUGUAUCCUCCUCUCCCUCUUCUUCUCUCCCCUUUCCUUUCAAGAGGCCAUUUAUGGACUGUUUUCUGGUUCCACUAAUGUGGUUGCCACUGCUCUGGCGGUGAUGUUUCGCCUAUUCAAAUCUGAGUUUGUGUGGUGCUUGUUUUUUUUUAACGAUUUAAAUUUACACCAAAGGUUGAUCAUCUUCUUCCGCUUCAAAUGAAAUCACGCAAUGCCACUGCAUUGUAUUGCAUAUAGUCGCUUUAAUGUAAAUGACCUCAGGAGUUUUUAGGAGAAUUUUGGAGGAAAUAGAAAUUUUGUGAUUGUCUUAUUCGCAAAUAAUGGGAGUUGUGUAGAUCUAUGGUUGCUUCUUACGUAAUCAUAGUCAAAGGAAUCAGGGUGCUUUAUCACAUGCUGCUAUAAACACACGGCUGUCUCCUGACAUCACUUCUCACGUUUAUUUGUAAUACCUCAUGAGCACUAUUGAUUUAGAUUUGAUUAUUUAUAUUUGAUUACAUAGGUUUUUAUUUUAUGUAUUUGUUACAUAAUUACCUAAUCAUAUUUUGAGGAACGUAUUUCAGGCUCAAAGUCUGUUUUAAAACAUUUUAAGAAUACUUUAAAAAAAGAAACAUAUCAGAACCUCUGUCAGGAGAGAUUUAUAAAUUGUCUGCUGUGCUGACUGCAUAACAAUAACAAUGUUAGCUGACUUUAUUGAAAUGAUGUUGAAUUGCUAUUAAUAAAAGAAUUUUAAAAAUGCA